UGAGGGCAUCACUGUUAGGGAUUAUAGCAUUAUAGGGGAGAUUUCUUAUGGAGGGGAUGGUGAACGUGCCGAUGGUAAUCCCUUACCGACAGGGACCUUCACCAUCGUAGUUCAUGCGCCACUGGGACGAAACUUUACGGUUGAGGUCGCUCCAUAGGCGUCACCAACUCCUCCAUAACCUUUGCCAGUGCAUGUGCGCGUGCUCAGUGUUUGUUCAUUUACACGUGUUUUUCAGUGAAAUUGAUUUUUCUUCGACAAUUAGGACAAAGUAAUAACAACUAGUCCAUUCGGUAUUACCGAUUUUGACACACUUUGUUAUUCCAAUGGCAAAAUCACUGAGAAGCAAGUGGCGAAGGAAGUGCAGAGCUGUCAAGCGUGAACGUUAUGGAGUUAAAGAGCUUGCCAGGUUGAAGAAGACCCUGGGCAUCGACGAUAAUUCCACACAACAGGAUAUAGAGAUGUCAGAUAUAACGGAGAUUGCCACAGUUACAACAGCAGAAAAGAUCAAAGAAAGCAUAAAACCCGAGGGGGAAAGCCAACAGAAUGGGGAGAUGGAGGUCGAGGGGAAGAGGGUGUACAAUAAGAGGACGAUGCAGGACCAGUAUGGUAAUUACCCAGUUUGGAUGAAUAAGAGGAGAAUAGUCAAGCACAAAAAGGGCAGGGGAAAGAACGCAAAAGCUACCACAAAGCAGAGUAAACGAUUGACCAGGAAACAGAAGAAAAAGGUCCAAACCAAGUGAGCGGGAUAGUCCAUUAAGGAUGUUUAUUCAUAAUAAAAAAUAUGGCAGUGAGAGUGCUAUAACUCGAGAAUUCAAUUAAUUAUUCAUUACAUUACCCCUUAAAAAAAUGUAAUAAAUGGGUUCCUCUCAAUUCUGAACCCCACAUAAAAUCUAGAAACAUGUGAAAUAUUUAGUGAAAUAAAUUUAAAUGUAAUUUUUUUUACUCCAACGAGUUCACAAAAUACUUAUAAUAAUUUCAUAAGCCCAAUUAUUUCGAAAAAAAAUGUUAAUCUCAAAUACGUGGGGCUGCAACAAAUCGAAACUUCAAUAUUUAGAUAUAUGGCAGCGAUAGGGCUAUAACUACAAAAUUCCAUGAAUUAUAUACUACAUUAUGUUAUGUAAAAAAAAUAAAUGAGUUCAUCUGAA